AUGGCGGAAGAAGAAACCAAAUGUUUCUCACCUUCGAGUUUUUGUAAGUAUAGCAUAUGCUCAUAUGCCGGAUCAAAAACACUCAAAGCUUGAUGAUAAAACUGAGAAGUUUGUGUUUAUUGGAUACGAUAAACACUCGAAGGGAUAUAAGCUAUAUAAUCCAGUCACAAAGAAAAUCAUUGUGAGCCGAAAUGUCCAAUUUGAUGAAGAAGCCUCUUGGGAUUGGAGUGUUCAAGAAGAUGAGAAUUACAACUUCUUCCUGCUCUUUGAAGAAAAUGAAAAACUAGAGGAGCAUGAUGACCAAGCGGCUCAAGAACCAAACACUCCACCUCAUUCACCAUCCAUCCAAGGAAGUCCAUCAACCACCGAGGAAAGCUCACAUGAAAGAACUCCCCGUUAUAGAAGCUUACAAGAGAUAUAUGAGGUGUUCAAGAGGCGCUAGAAGACAAGAAGCGGAAAAAUGCUAUGGACGCAAAGAUGAAGUCAAUCAUGA